AUGGCGAAUCAGGGAGCGAAGAAACGGAAAGAGGAAAACAUCCGCCACAUGCGAAACCUCCUCCGCCUCAUUCUCGCCUCAAACGCGAUAUAUCUAGUAAUAAGGCUCGGGAUUUUCCACUCCAGUUUCACGUGGAAGCAUUGGGCUGGCUUGAUUUUGACUUCAUUAGCCUAUGUUAUUCCAUACAAGCAGCUAUCUGCAAUGGCAAAGCCUAAUUACAGUGACGCUGGGGAGCUUCUGGAUGGCGGGUUCGAUAUGAGUACGGGUGGCAUUUGUGGAUAUUUACAUGAUAUAAUCUACAUUACAUGUUUUGUCCAAGUCACUACAAUCAUUUCUGAAAAAUUUUGGUACAUAUACUUGGUGAUACCUGGAUUCGCAGCAUAUCAACUUUUUGGACUUGUCAAAGGGUUUCUGCCGCUUGGUUCAGACGGGGCAGAGGAAGAUGAGAAGACUCGAAAAAAGAGAGAAAAGAUGGAGAGGAAGGCUUCAAGAACCAAAAUGAUCAAGACGAGGACUCGAUGA